UUACAGAAAUAAGAUAAUCGACACGUAACAAAAGGGCUUUCGGCAAAUUGCAUGAUAGUCGUUAUUAAAACCGCGCAGUGAGAACUUCCUCAUACUAAAUUCAGUCAAAAUGGAUUUCGAAGCGGGCUCCAGUUCAGAAUACUCCGAUUCAGAGUCAGAAAAUGAGUACGACCUUUGUUCUAGAAAUGAAUCUAAUUUUUGUGGUCUACCGUUCGAUCCAACGUCCCUUGAAAAUAUUAUUUUAACAAUAAGCGACCAAUUUAAUUUUCGUAUACUCUUGAACGAUAGCAGAACAAAAAGCGCUCUUCUUGUUACUACGGGAUUAACACUAGCUGGAACUUUGAUUGGCAAACAUUAUGGAGGCAAGAUUGGUGCAGCUGUCGGAGGCGCAGUAGGUGGCGUUUGUGGUAUUGGAGUCGUAGCUGUAUCGAUGCGUGAUAUAUGGAAGGAUAUACGAGAAAAAUUGUCGGAGUUAUUCGAUAUCGUCUACGAUUAUCUGGCGGGUCUAGGAAUCAACGACUACAAGAAAGCUGCUAAAUUUUUAAUGCAACACAGCGGUGAUAGCUCUCAACUCGCUAUGGUUGUCCUUCAAGUUACCUCGGAUAUUCUUGGAAAAAAAGUUUUGUCCAGUUUAACUGUAGGCUAAGGUUUUUUAAUUUAUAUUGUUUAGUUUACGUGACUUCUUCACACGUACCUACUACUGAGUUGUAGACUUAUUUAUGACUAUUGAGUUUAGACUAUUACUUGUGACUAAUGUAUGACAUGACAUAGGAUUAGUUAAUGUUAUAAUAAUUUAAUAUUUAUUCUAGAUGUAAGAUACAUUCAAUGCAGUAACUUAUACUUUUUGGACUACUUCUACUAAUAUAUUUUUUUUACUGUCUAUUUUUUCUUUUGUCAUUUUUUUUCCACUAUUAUUUUCUAUUUCUGUAUAUUUUCUUGCUCAAAUUAUAAUUAUAUAAUCAACAAUACAGUAAUCAUUAGUAUAG